AGGAUGAAGGAAGAAUGAUGGGAGAUGAAGCGAGCAGGAGAGCGACAGAUGGAGAAGGGCGAACGGCUGGAGAAGGAGCCGGAGGAGAAUUAUGCACAGCUGGAGGACGAGAAAUGGGCGUGCAACGACCACCAUAUUGCACACGGUGAUGCCAAACAAGCUCAUGGCGACCAUGACGAGGAUGAGGAUGAUGAUGGGGGAAAGUCGAGGAUGAUAGACAAGGAGGGCGGAGCAGGAGAGCACGGCUGCGAUGGAUGGAUGAUCCGAUGUAGGAGGACAAGGGAGGAUACAGAGGACAACGGAGGAUGUGGGAGCCUGGGAGGAGGACCAAGGCAGCAGGAGGAGAAACGGGACGAGGACGAGGAGGAGGAGGAGGAGAAGGAGGAGAAGGAGGACGAGAAGGAGGAGGUGAAGUGUAUUCAG